AUGAGCGAAAGCGAAGCCCUGCCCAGCCAGACCACCAUGGCGGCACCGGCAGCAGAAUCAAGCACGCUCAAAUCGCUCCCUUUCCGUGCUCCAUCUACCUCUCCAGCCUCUGGCACUACCUCCUCCACUUGGAACACACCUCCGAUCGAGUUCCUCACCGGCCGCUGGUAUGUCACGCACUCGACACUACCGAUGUGGAAAUCGAAUCGCAAUGUCACCAUCACCUACACCCCACUCGACAGUCCGGCUGACGCCAUCGACGACCUGGUCGAGUACCAGCCGCUCAAGAGCGAAAAGCAGAAGACAGUGCGGGGAGUAGACUCUCCCGACCCGCAUGUGGCGGCGGCGUACAACUGGCGCGGCCGCGGCUGGCUCAAGAUCGCGAGCAGCCACUGGGAGGUCCUUGGCUGGGGAGAGGAGGAAGGAGGCUGGGCCGUGACGUUUUUCGCUAAGACCCUCUUCACGCCGGCCGCAGGCGGAGCAGAUUUUUGA